UUGUAACAUAUAAAUAAAAAUAGUAAAUAAGAGUGGGAUUUGUGAUUGAGAAUGCUGAAAGCAAGCUCUCUAUCCUUUCUGGUAGCAAUGCCCUCUGCAACUGCAAGCUUCGGAUUCUUCUUCUGUCGACAACGCCUUUCUUCUUCUUUCCCCUUCCCUCCGCGUCCAAGACUCCUCUCCACCACUCCCACCCCAUACCCUCUCCAAUACGAACUCAUCAUCAACCGUCCUUCUUACCCCGACUCUCCCCGCCCACCACCUGCUCGACCUAUUGACUCCCCUGAACCCGAACUCAACAAGGCCCAGAGGAAGUACUACAACAAACGCAGAAAGAGGAUGUACGGCUCCGACGAAGAUGAAUCCCGACGCCCCGACGAGACCUUCGUGGAGUUGAAGCCCGAGGUGGUGGACUUUCCCACUCUGCACAAGAGGGAGGAAGAGCUUUACUUCUAUGACGCCUUUACUUAUCCCUGGGAGAAGGACAAGCAUUACAAGAUGGUUUACCAGCUGGAGAAGAAGUACUUUCCUGAUCAAUGCCUCGACAAGGCGUUUCUCCAACCGGGACAGUCAAAUGCUAAUGCUAAUGGGAAGGGAAAGGGUAGGAAGAAAGUUGUUGGUGGUGGCGGUGGUGAUGAAAAGUUGGUGUUUUUUGAGGAGGGGAAUGUGGAGGAGAAGGGCGAGGAGAGUGGAAGUGGAAGCAGACAACUUAAGGAGAAGAAGGUUGAGGACUUCUUCAAGGGUUUGAAGAAGGAUCCUAGUCCUAGUCUUAACAAGGAUGUUCAAGUUGGAGAGCCUUUUCUCUCCUCAAGGAGGACUGGUCUUCCUCCCGUCUGGGAUACUCCUCAUGGCACUGUGCUCUUGGUCAACAAACCAAAAGGUUGGACUUCAUUCACGGUUUGUGGAAAGCUGCGUCGCCUUGUCAAAGUGAAAAAGGUAGGUCAUGCUGGGACUCUUGACCCAAUGGCUACGGGUUUAUUGAUUGUUUGUGUUGGUAAAGCAACGAAACUGGUAGACAGAUAUCAAGGGAUGAUUAAGGGUUAUAGUGGGGUUUUCCGCUUGGGGGAGGCUACUUCAACAUGGGAUGCUGAUUCACCAGUCAUUCAACGUGAGCCAUGGGAGCACAUCAAAGAUGAAGAUAUAAAGAGAAAUGCUUUGUCCUUUUCUGGGGAGAUUUGGCAAGUUCCUCCUAUGUUCUCAGCUAUUAAAUUCCUUACAUGUUGUCACUAUAGGUUGGAGGCGAAAAGAUGUAUGAGAAAGCAAGGAGAGGAGAAAGCAUUGAACUUUCACCCAGACGAAUAUCAAUUUUCCAGUUUGACAUAGAGCGUAGCUUGGAUGACAGACAAAAUUUGAUUUUUAGAGUGACAUGUUCCAAAGGGACAUAUAUUCGGUCACUCUGCGCUGAUUUUGGGAAGGCUCUUGGCAGCUGUGCCCAUUUAACUGCUCUCCGAAGAGAUUCAAUUGGGCAAUAUUCAGCAGAUGAUGCAUGGGAGUUUCAAGAGCUGGAAGAGGCUAUCACCAAAAAUUAUCUCUAACUUCUCUGGUCUAUUGCUACCUCUCAUGAUGAUGAGAUUCAGAGUCAUGACAUGCACUUUUCUUUUUUGGUUGAAGGGCAGUGAAAGCGGAGUUUUACCUUCCAAAGUAAACAUUGAAAUAAGCAUCUUCUUAACUAUGAAGUACCUGCGUCUUAAUUGCAACGACAAGCAUCAUAAUCUCGGCCGUCAAAUACUGAAUGUUGGUGUAACAUAUAGUUUUAUUGUUAGGCCUAAUGCCUUUUCAAAUAUAACCUUGUACUUUUGUCGCUUUAUAUGCUAUGGAGCAGUAUAUUAUUUUUUACAUUUAUAGACAAGAUCGAGAUAGUUGAUAAUCGGUGUUCUUGGGAGAUAUUUGAGGUCGGAUCCUGUAAGAUUAAUCUGAGGUCUCGUGAAUGCUUUUUUGUGGAAUACAAUACUUAUAGGAAGGAGGUAAACUUGUGGAACAGAAUAAUAGUUUCUUCUUUUGAUAUUUGAGAUGGGAUCCUGUAAGAUUAAUCUUGUAACUUUUCUAUGUAUUCCUGAAAUUUAUGGAGAUUAAAGGAUAA